CGACAUAAAGCAUAGUGUCCGGGAGUAAGACAUGACAUGACAACCUGCACUUAGUAGCACAACAACGACAGAAGAAGAGAGAGAGAGAAACUGAAAACCCAAAUACAAACGCAAACACAAACACAAACACAUUGUUAAACUUAUUAUUUAUUUAUUUAUUGAUGUAACAAAUAAAUAAAUAAAUGUUGAAAAACACCUACACUGGUAUCAACGUUCUCCAAUUGGCGUUGCAAAUCUAAAAACCACCGAUCCAAUCCAAACACGACACCACCCCAAACACACAACACCAACGUUGACAUUGUUUCUUCAUCAGGGUUCUCUCUCAGAUCCCUGCAUUCAAUUCACAGGGUUGAAUGUGAAUGAAUGUUGUUGAUAGACUACAUGCAUAUGGGGAAGUUGAAUCGGUGCCUUGAACUUAAAUGAAGAAAGAAUUUGCAUGGCCACAAUUCACAAAAAAUCUUCUGAUCAUGGUUGGAUCAAGACACAGAUCAAACUUAAAGAGGCCUACUUGGAUUAUCGUUUUAGUGUUCAUAGUCUGCUUUUUUCUGCUUGCUGCUUAUAUUUAUCCACCGCGGAGCUCCGCUUCGACGUGUUCUUUGUUUAACUCUCAAGGUUGUAGUGUUGGUGGUGUUGGUCGUACGUUUAAUAAGCCACCACCCGUACAGACUCGGGAAUUCACCGAUAAAGAGACUGAAUCUCGGGUUGUUAUUAACGAAAUUCUUAAGUACUAUGCUGUUCAAAGCACGGUCCCUAAAGUUGCUUUUAUGUUUUUGACUCCGGGCACAUUACCUUUCGAGAAGCUCUGGCAUACAUUCUUCCAGGGCCAUGAAGGAAAAUUUUCUGUUUAUGUGCAUGCAUCAAAGGAAAAACCGAUACAUGUCAGCCCCUAUUUCGUUGGACGAGACAUCCACAGUGAACCGGUAACUUGGGGAAGAAUUUCUAUGGUUGAGGCAGAAAGGAGACUUUUGGCAAAUGCACUUUUAGACCCUGAUAACCAACAUUUCGUACUGUUGUCUGAUAGCUGUAUACCGGUGCGCCGCUUUGAUUUUGUGUACAACUACUUGUUAUUAACAAGUGUCAGCUUUAUUGACAGUUAUGUGGAUACCGGUCCGCAUGGAAAUGGCAGGUAUGUAGAACGCAUGUUGCCUGAAGUAGAAAAGAAGGAUUUUCGAAAGGGUUCACAGUGGUUCUCGAUGAAACGGCAGCACGCUCUAAUAAUUAUGGCAGACAGCCUCUAUUUUAAUAAAUUCAAGCAUCAUUGCAGGCCGAAUAUGGAGGGAAAUCGUAACUGCUAUUCUGAUGAGCAUUACUUGCCAACCUUUUUUAAUAUGCUUGAUCCAGGCGGUAUCGCAAAUUGGUCGGUGACAUAUGUUGAUUGGUCCGAAGGAAAAUGGCAUCCUAGGUCAUUCAGGGCUCGUGAUAUUACUUAUAAACUCAUGAAAAAAAUAGCGUACAUUGAUGAAAGUCCGCAUUAUACAAGUGAUGCAAAGAGAACAGUGGUGAUUCAACCUUGCGAAUUAAAUGGCUCAAAACGAUCUUGUUAUCUAUUUGCUCGGAAGUUUUAUCCGGAAACUCAAGAUAAAUUGAUUCACUUUUUCUCGAAUUCAACUACAUUCUAAAGUAUUUAUAAAUACUUCUUCAUCAUUCUUUAGUGAAUCAACACCAUAUGGUCCCCAGAACCAUCUUUCGCACAUACGACAUAUCUUAUUUUGAGAAGUUCCCGACGGCUGAGUCUGGUGGAUAUAUUUCUUAAAAAGACACAGAAGAUGAUUAGAUCAAAUUUUGAUUUCCUGGGGCUUGAUGAAAUGGAACUUCUGAGCUUGUCUGGUUGGAUAAUAUGGUGUUCCUAUUCUACAAUAUAUUUUGUGUUGUAUUUGAAACAUCAUAGAUUAUUAGAUUAUUCUUCUGAGGGUUGAAAAGUUUUGGUAUCCUUGAUAGGAUAGAGAGGGAGGGAUAAGGUUUGAUCUUGAUAUGACUCUAGAAGCUAACUUUAUUAUUUAUAAUAGUUCAUCUGUUAUGCAGAAUUUGUCACAAUAUUUUGUUUAUACAUGCAGAAAUCUUUGGUUUUACA